GGAUCUUCUCCUGCCGUCACUGAGAAGGAGGCGGGUGCUAGUUGAAAGGGGGAGAAGGUCCAGACAGGAGCCGGGCAUGUUCAAACAUAUCCAGGCAGAGCAGCCUACCAACCCGCACGGUGUCCUGUCAUUGCUUAUUCACAAACCUUGUUGUAAUAGACAAAUGUGUUUAACAUCAUAUUUACUGUAGCGAAUCUGUUUCCCCGAGGGACGUUGAUACGGCAAGACACGCGAUGCGUAUUUAAUAGAUUCAGUAUCUAUCAGAGGAUUAAGUUGUCUAGUGUCUGGUACUGAAGUGGUUCCUUCAGCGUGGAAAUGUCCUUCGCGGCCAAGGCGAUGAGAGACGGACUGCUAGAGAAGCGCAGCAGCGGACUUCUCCAGCUGUGGAAGAAGAAGCGCUGCGUCCUCACUGAGGACGGGCUGCGCCUGCACAACUGCAAAGGAGGCGGCGGUGAUGCUCCGGGUUUGGCGUCGAGCUCCAAAGUCAAGGAGCUUCACUUUGAGCGCAUGGUCACGGUGGACUGCGUGGAGUAUAAGCGAGGGCUGGUGUACUUCACUGUGGUCAUGGUUACGGGCAAGGAAAUUGACUUUCGGUGUCCGCAGGACGGCACAGCGUGGAACGCAGAGAUUGCUCUGGCUUUGGUGCGCUAUAAGAACCUACAAGCCGUGCAGACCGGGAGGAACCGGCACCUGUCUACGGGACACCUGGGCAGCACUGGGGAGGACGAGGAGCUCUGAUUGUCGAAGCCUUCCUACUUCCUUGGAGGGAAUCAAUAAGAAGGGGAAAGUAGUACAACUCACCAGAUCCAGAGGAUGCACAAAAAGGUCAUCAGUGACCAUGGAACAAACGACUGAGAACAAGUGUCACAGAAACUCAUCUUGUCUUCCCUCAUUCACUUGCAAAGUAUAGGAAUCUGAUAAACUGUGGAUAAAGACUUUGUUUCUGUCCUGAUCUCAUUGCUUAAGGACAAUUUGGAGACUCCUGCAUAAAAAAGCUGUUUUCUGGGAACAGUUUACCCUUUGUGCCUUGAUGUUUCAGUAGCAUCUUCAUUUUUGAACAUCAUUUUGCGACAGUUUUUGACGCUGCUGAAACAGGAGUCGAUUUGUUCUGCAGGCUUGUUUUUGAAGGAUUGGUAUGACUUACUUUGAAAACUUUAACUUACAGAAUGAGCAGAUCUUUGAGGUUUUCUAAAGAUGGAAUUGAAGUAUUUUGUUUCUGAUAUAUUGCACUCUGUAUACUACAUAUUUGCUUAAACCAUGUACAGUAUUAGAACUGUAAAAUAAUAAUAAUAAAUUUUUGUAAUCCAGAUUUUUCUGACA